ACAUUUUAAUACUCGAUGGACAGUAACAGGUAUGUCCAGAGCCUGCUGGAUCUUCUUGAAUUCCUUGACAAGAGUCCAGAAGACCAGAGUAUUUUGAGCAACUUCACGGAUGCCCUGGUGAAGAUCAGGAACCGGCACAACGAGGUGGUGCCCACCAUGGCGCAGGGCAUCAUCGAGUACAAGGAGACCUUCGGCCAGGACCCGCUCACCAGCCAGAACAUCCAGUACUUUCUGGACCGGUUCUACAUGAGCCGCAUCUCCAUCCGCAUGCUCAUCAACCAGCACACUCUGAUCUUUGACGGCACGACGAACCCAGCGCACCCUAACACGAUCGGGAGCAUCGAACCCCACUGCCAGGUGGCUGAGGUGGUGAGAGAUGCCUACGAAAGUGCCAAGAUGCUCUGUGACCAGUAUUACUUGGGCUCCCCGGAGCUGGAGUUGGCAGAAAUCAACACUAAAGAUAAGAGGCAGCCCAUUCAGAUGGUCUAUGUGCCCUCCCACCUCUACCACAUGCUGUUUGAACUUUUCAAGAACUCCAUGAGAGCCACUGUGGAGACCCACGAGGCCAGUCGCACCCUCCCACCCAUCAAAGUCAUGGUGGCCCUGGGUGGAGAGGACCUGUCAAUCAAGAUGAGCGACAGAGGCGGCGGCGUUCCCCUCAGGAAGAUCGAGCGGCUGUUCAGCUACAUGUACUCUACUGCCCCCACCCCGGAGAUCAGCUCACAGCGCCCCCCGCUGGCUGGGUUCGGAUACGGGCUCCCCAUCUCCCGCCUCUACGCGCAGUACUUCCAGGGGGACCUGCAGCUCUACUCGAUGGAGGGUUACGGCACAGACGCCGUCAUCUAUUUGAAGGCCCUGUCGACAGACUCCAUAGAGAAGCUGCCCGUCUACAAUAAAUCCGCCUGGAGACACUACAAAGUGAGCCUGGAAGCAGAUGACUGGUGUAUACCCAGCAAGGAGCCCCUCAACCUGGCUGGCAAUAGGGCAGCAAAGUGAGGGCAGAGAGCAAGAGCAUAGCGUGGCACCAACAUACCCGUCACCUUGACAACUGAACUCUCACCCAGGAAGUAAACGGAGCCUACCACUCCGGACGGUUGGAAGAGACCAGUCUCCAAAGUCACUGUGCAGCCCUCCUGACUGGCUGACCUCAUAGGAAAUCACACGGUAGCUUAGAAGGCCUCACAUUCACAAGGAACAAACCUGCCGCUAGAAAGAACGCAGACAUUUGUCCAAGCCGAAGUUAAAAAUGGGACAGCAAACUGUUUGCUUAUCGUUACAUUGUCAACCACUGGCAUUUUUAAUUUCCCAGAGCUGAGGGAUCAUUUUAUUAAUGUUUUUUUUUUAAUCUAAGCAGAGCUUUGAGUUAAAGCCUUCGUGUUACCUUGCGUGAGCAGUGCAGGGACAGGCAGGGUGGCUGUUCGGCUCUGCGGUUCUGUCUGCGCUGCUUCGGAGAGGCAGGGGGUAGUGAACUUCUGAACGCCAGCAGCCAGAAAGUGCCGAAGGCCGGCGGACGUUGGCCUGUUGUGGGGGCGUUUCGGACCCGAUGGGAUCCGCACUCAAGCCGGUUAAGGGGAGGACGGAGGUUAGCGUCUUUGUGAGCGGACCACAGCUCAGCUCUUGCGGAGGCAGAGGAAGGAGUCUGACCCAGACAGGUUCCGCCUUGCCAGCCCGCUUUUUUACCUGAGUGAAGAUGUUUUAUUUCUGCGAUGAUCUGUGGUUUUUAGGUUUUAGCAGUUUGUCUUUUUAUCAGCUCUGGGCUUGGGUUUCUGCAUAAAGAUUUUGUUUGUUUGUUUUUCUGUUUGUUUCAAAGGGGAGAUCCUGGUGCCUUGUGGCGCCGUAAUUCUCAGAAUGUACUGUAAAACGCAGCCAAAGAAGUCACUUCUGGUGUGGUGGUGGUCUUGGAAACCAAGUCACACUUGGCAGUAGGUGGGUGCCUACCCUUCAGUCUGCCAGUCCUCUCCUGCUAAUUCCAGAAAAGCAGGCAGGUGGAGGGUUUGAGGUCAGUUGUGUAGAAUAUCCAUCACCUCCGCUCCCACUGUGUCUGGAAGUGGUGCCGGUUCAUCUCGUAGUGCAAGCAGAAACUGAACAGGCUUUUCUCCUGCAACGCAAACCCCAGCCUACUGCCACACCAGCAUGUGACCUGAGUUGCCAUAGGUCGUGGUAUUGAUUUCUAAAGCUACAACACUUGUGGACUUUACAUGGAAUUAUGUUUUUGCACAGGUGUUUGAUUGCCAGUAUUGAUGCUCCACUGUUGUAAAAUCUGUUUCACAAGGUGUUUGAGAUUGUUGGUUAUUCACUAGACCUUUCUGGGUGCAGCCUAAGCUGUUUCAGAGUCCCAAGUCUAUUAUCAAUGCAAUUAUUUUUUUGUUUUUAGAAGUGAGUGUGCUUGGAAAUAAUCGUGUGCAAAUUAAGAGUGCUAAAUAUUCAGUUCUGGGGCAUUUAGCCUUCCUGAUGGAAGUGUACUGAUUGAUGCUAUUCCAGAUUUCAGAUAGCAGGGACCUUGCUCUUCUGGAAAUGGGGGGCUUCUUAUGCACAGUUGCCUGAAAGUUUCACAGCAGUUCCACUCCCCUCUCCUGUGGUCCUUGUGCCAGCUGGAGUUCUUGCAGUUCGGAUUGGAGGUGGGGGAGACCGUAAUCAAACAGCCACUAGGCUUGACAACUGCCACCUUGUGUCUGGGUGUUAGCUGAAGUAAAUUACACUUCCCUUAUGGCCUGCAGUAAGAUGGGGUGUGUGUUCCUAGGUGUGUAAGGCAAGUCUAAUGGUGACUUUAUUGGCUUAGCACACAAGUCCCUUUUGCGGGCUGGCAUACAAUGGAGAUUGAUUAAAUGCCUGUACAAUGAACUGUUGUGCAGUAGGGUAACGUGGGGACAGGCCCUUAGAAAGUAGAGGAGCUUCAGCCUCUUUCUUAGCAAAGAAGUGGGGCCAUUUUUGCUCAAAUGCUUAAGAAAGAGGCUCUAUAGCACAACACCCCGCAAGCUGCUACACACAAACAAGCUUUAAUAAAUGUGGUUUCAUUCGAA